AGUUAGAAGUGAGACUGAGCAAAAGCUUUCAGUUAGCAUCGAAGAGACAAACCGUGUGGAUUAGAAUAAUGUCGUUGUGUCCGGAGCUUAGCUUCAAUGUGGAUCACGGGUACCUGGAGGGUCUGGUCCGAGGACUGAAGGCAGGGAUUCUGACCCGGUCCGACUACCACAACCUGGCCCAAUGCGACACACUAGAGGACAUGAAGCUUCACCUGCAGAGCACGGACUACGGCAGUCUCCUGACGGCUGGGAACGAGGACCUGACCGUGUCCCUCCUCGACAACAGACUGAAGGGGACCAUUCUCACGGAGUUCCGGUGUUUACGUGCCCACUCUCUGCCGCCCCUGUCCACCUUCCUCGACUACAUCACCUACAGCUACAUGAUUGACAACGUGGUGCUACUGAUCACCGGCGCCCUGAAGCACCGGGACGUGGAGGAGCUGCUGCCGAGGUGCCACCCACUGGGAACGUUUGAUCAGAUGGCGGCGGUUGGCAUCGCCCGCACCCACGCAGAACUGUACAGUGCCAUCCUUGUGGACACACCACUGGCUCCCUUCUUCCAGGAUGCUGUAUCAGAGGCCAAUCUGGAUGAAAUGGGUGCUGAGAUCAUGAGAAACAAGCUGUACAAGGCUUACCUGGAGGCCUUCUAUGCGUUCUGUUGGGAAAGGGGAGGAGCCACCAGGGACAUCAUGUGCCCCAUCCUGGAGUUUGAAGCGGACCGGCGGUCGUUCAUCAUCACAGUGAACUCGUUUGGGACGGACCUGAGUGGGGGGGACCGGAGGGCCCUGUACCCCUCCUGUGGAAGACUGUACCCUGAGGGGCUGCAGCUGCUGGCCAGGGCAGAGGACCACGAGCAGGUCAAAGCUGUGGCUGAGUACUACCCGGACUAUAAAUUAAUAUUCAGUGACACCGAGGACGGAUCUUCAAGAACUUUGGAGGACAGAUUCUUUGAGCAGGAAGUACACCUGAACACGCUGGCCUUCCUGGAUCAGUUCCAUCUCGGAGUGUUCUACUCCUACAUCAAGCUGAAGGAGCAGGAGGCCCGCAACAUUGUCUGGAUCGCAGAGUGCGUAACGCAGCGGCAGAAGUCCAAGAUCGACAACUACAUCCCCAUCUUUUAGAAGAGAACGACGUUUUGCGGAAAUAACUACGUAUUAUAAUUAAACUCUAGUAAAGGCUAUAGUUACGCGGCUAUGUUUCUUGUCUUUGGAUACAGCAUUUUGUGCAAAUGUUGAAUAGUGAUCUAUGGAUCUCCCAACCCAACCAACUC